AUGGCAGGUGCGAAAUGCUACGCUCUCUUUAUCGUUGCGAUCGUCCUGACGGCCCAGCUAUGCGGAUGCACGGCGUACGUCGGCGGCGAUGGGUUUAGCGUCGAGUUCAUCCACCGGGACUCUGUCGAGUCGCCGUUCCACGACCCGACGCUCGCCUCGCACGGCCGCCUGCUUGCCGCCGUGCGGCGCUCCACGGCGCGCGCCUCGGCUCUCGCGCGCUCGUACGCGGGCGGCUCUCCUAACGGCGCCGUGUCGGAGGUCGUCUCCGGGCCGUUCGAGUACAUGAUGUACGUCAACGUGGGCACGCCUGCCACCAGGAUGCUCGCCGUCGUCGACACCGGCAGCAACCUCGUCUGGUUCAAAUGCACCAACGUCCGUACCGCAGUCGCCGUUGGCGCGAGCCUUGUGUUCAACCCGUUGUCCUCGUCGAGUUUCGGCCGCGUGUUCUGCCAGUCCGGCACGUGCCGCGCGCUCUCCGGCACCUCCUGCGACGCCAGCUCCAGAUGCAAGUACGUUCAUGCCUACGCCGACGGCUCGACGACAACCGGCCUCCUCUCCACCGAGAACUUGAUCUUCGACGACGCCCCCGGCGGCUGCGUCGGGUGCCGCCAGCGCCCGCAGCUGCUGGUGCCCGGGUUCAAUUUCGGCUGCUCCACAGCCACGGCCGUCACAUUCCGCGCGGACGGCGUCGUCGGUCUCGGCGGCGGCGAGUUCUCCCUCAUCACGCAGAUCGGUGCCGUCACCUCGCUCGGCCGGAGGUUCUCCUACUGCCUCGUGCCCUACUCCGUCAACGCCUCCUCGGCGCUCAACUUCGGCGCCCGUGCGGCCGUGACGGAGCCGAGCGCAGCGACGACGGCGCUGAUCCGCCCGGACCCGCGCGCUCCGCACUACACCGUCGUGCUCGAGUCCGUCAAGAUCGGGAACGCGACGUUUGAGCACCUGUCCAACGUCAUCGUCGACUCCGGCACGACGCUGACGUUCCUCGACAGGGCGCUGCUGGACCCGAUAGUGGAGGAGAUGACGCGGCGCGUCCGCCUCCCGCGGAAGCAGUCGCCGGACAAGCUGCUGCAGCCGUGCUACAGCGUGGUCGGGCCGAGUGGUAGAUAUUAUUUCCGCAAGCUUGUCCCGGACGUGACGCUGAUGCUGGCCGUGUUCGCCGAGGCGGUGACGCUGAAGGCGGAGAACACGUUCGUGGAGGCGCAGAAGGGGACCAUGUGCUUGGCGAUGGCGCCGGUGACGCCGCUGCAGCCGGUGGCCAUCAUCGGGAACAUCGCGCAGCACAACUUUCACGUCGGCUACGACCUGGACAAGGGCACUGUCACCUUCGCCCCUGCAGACUGCGCGAGCUCCUACCGCUCGUCCUCCGCCUCCGUUUAA